CUGAUUUGAUUAAGGUUAUUUACUAAUUCACAACCAUAAUCUCAGACGUUCCUUUGCAUGUGAUAGUAUUUAUAAAAAGUCAGUGAACAACCAGAUCCAGUCAUCAGCAUGAAUCACUGUCAAUGGAUUUCUACCAAAAGUGUCACCUGACCACCCUGAUCUCCAGAUUAGCACAAACCGUUGUCCAUUUUUUUUUUUGUUUGUUUGUGUGUUGACUUCACUACCCCUAACUCAACUGAAGACUCAUCUUUAGGGUGGACUUUCCCUUUAAGGGACAGAUUUAUGCAACAACAUCUCACCGUACACCUGCCUCAGUCAGCACCAUGGACAGCGACCCUGCCAGCUCUGUGGACCACUAACGGCGUCCCCCCUCCUCACACCGAUAAACACACAGUGGUCCCUGAGGGGCAGGGCAUGUUCAUUUUGUAAUGACGACCAGCUAAUACAGCAUAAUCUACGAUCAUGUUACUGCGGCACUGACAGCUAAACCGUAAAGGGUAGGAUACAGGCUCUCCUAUAGACACACCCCCGCUUUUUUCAUUCUCCUGCCGCCGGAAAGAUCCCCUUAUUUUGGGUCUUCACUGAUCAACAUGCCUCUGUCGCCCUGCCUCGGGCUUUUCCUCGGGUGGAGUGCCUCUGUAUGAUCGCAGAUGUAGUGGCUCGUCUUGGUUGAGGGACGCUGCAGAGCAAGGUAGUGAAAUCUCUUCCUCUUCCUACUCCACGCCCUGUCAUUAUUAUCAAUAGCUGCCCAGCACCAUGUCCCCUCCAGCAUCGGCUGCGACAGCGAGUGAAAGCAGCACGACCACCGUUUUCGAGGAGGACACCAGAGAGGAGCAAAGACCUCUGAAGCAAUCUCUGAGCAAAUCUCUGUGUCGGGAGAGUUUCUGGAAAUGCCUGCUCCUGUCCAUCCUCAUGUAUGGCUGCAUGGGAGCGAUGGUUUGGUGUCAUGUCACCAAGGUGACCCGCCUCACCUUUGACAGUGCCUUCAAAGGGAAAUCCAUGAUGUACCAUGACACCCCAUGCUCUGAUGGCUACAUCUACAUCCCUUUGGCCCUGCUGGGCAUGCUCUAUUUGGUCUAUCUUGUGGAGUGCUGGCACUGUCACGUGAAGAAUGAGCUGCAGCACAAAGUGGAUGUUGAGGGCAUCUAUGAGCGAAUCCAGAGGAUGCAACAAGCUAAACCCUGCAUCUGGUGGAAGGCCAUAAGCUACCACUACGUUCGCCGAACUCGGCAAGUCACACGCUACCGUAAUGGAGACGCUUACACCAGUACCCAGGUUUACCACGAACGUGUCAACACCCAUGUGGCAGAAGCUGAAUUUGACUACAGUCACUGUGGUGUUAAAGAUGUUUCCAAACAGCUGCUGGGCUUGGAGAAAUCUGCUCUUACAAAGAUGCGCUUCACCAAGUGCUUUAGCUUUGCCAACGUAGAGUCAGAGAAUUCCUACCUUACACAACGAGCAAGGUUUUUCACUGACAAUGAGGGCCUUGAUGACUACAUGGAGGCAAGGGAGGGCAUGCACCUGAAAAACAUUGACCUGAAGGAGUAUGUCCUGGUGCUGUCUGACCCAGAGCACCACCCCUGGUAUCUGUCCCACUAUGUCUUCUGGUUUGCCUCCUUCCUCACUUUCUCUUGGCCUCUCAGAGUCUUCACAGAGUAUCGUACCGCAUAUGUCCACUAUCGUGUAGAGAAGCUCUUUGGCCACGAUUACCUCCCUGUGACCCCAUGUGACGAUCGACCGUAUUGGCGUCGUAUCCCUCGUGUUAACACCAUAGACAGUACUGAACUGGAAUGGCACAUUCGUUCCAACCAGCAGCUGGUGCCCAGCUACUCAGAAGCCGGCCUCAUGGACCUGGCCCAGUGCCCAUCCAGCUUCAAUGGGGUUCGUCAGAAUUGUGAGCGCUGCCACAGAGCCAUCAGCUGCUCCUCAGUAUUCUCCAGGAGUGCCCUCAGCAUCUGCACUGGUGCCAGCUCCCGCAUCCCCUUCAGUGGCAGUCGGUUCUCCCUGGCCCGGCGCUACGGCUCCCAACGCAGCUGCUUCUGGAGGAGCGGCAGUUUGGACGACCAAGAAAGCCCCAGUGAAAAUACCCGCUGCCUAUCAGAGCGUCUCACCACAGAUGAUGAGGAACCCCCAGACUAUGAGGACGCACUUUGCUACCCAGUGCUCAUCGUCCACUGCAGCGAGAACUGCCGCAACCACAGGUCGUUCCACAGACAUGGCUCCUGCGUGGAGACUUCUCUAUGACUAUGCAGUCACUGAUGAAACACAGUGGCGUUUCUGUAGCAUACAAAUACUUUGGACAUCAGACACAUAGUGUGCAAACAAGUCUUAAUGUGAGAUACACAGAUUCGUGCUGUAUUGCCAUACUGUCUGAAACAAAUGCCUGAAUCCUGAAUGUGUGAAUCACCAAAGCAAUAACAGUGAUUAGUGAGUGGCGAGCAAAGCGACGAUGGUAUGUGAACCUACUAGGGUACACACACAUGGAAAAAAUAUAUCUGCCUAGCUUCCUAUGAAAACCAAGCAAGGACUGUUACACUGUACACCAUUGCCAUAGCUUUUAAAAUCUCAUAUGUGCAGUACAUAUGAAACUGAAACUGAAGCUGCAGUUACCUCAUAAGACCUUUUCAGAGGCCACGGAACAGAUGGACAGGUUUAAACAUCUCAUUCAGUCAGUGAAAUCUCAGCAACACCGACCCAUCAGAAAUGAUAGAGAAAGAUAAGGUCAGAUAAAGUUGGAGCUGAUUUUAAUGAAAAGAAUGGUGAGGAAGUUUAACAUACUUCUAAUUACAGCAAUAACUGUGAAAAUAAAUGCAAUCUCCUCGAGUGGAAAAGUCAAAGGAGGACUAUUGGUCAAACAUAGCGUGUUGCGCUUAUGCACAUCACAAGGAGAUGUUAGUCAUUGGAAACCUCCGACUCCAAAAGAGACAAACGAACACUUGUUAACCCUCAGUCACUGUUAUACCAAUCUGUGAUUUUUCAACAACAAAAAAAAAAUUUCUUAUGUUGUGGUGAAGUGUUGUAAUUGGUGUACCUACUUUUUUUUUUUAAUAUCAACAUGUAUCAUCUAUUUCUUCUUCAGUUAGUGACUUUCUACAUUUCCCAGAAUGCCUUUUUACAACUGCAGAUAACAGGUAUAGGUUUAUUUUUAGCUGUGGGUGGAAAGUGACACAAAGAUAGUAAAAAGAGAGUGACAGUUGUUCUGACUGACAGAAAAACUCAGAACAAAGCUGUCCUGUGGCUGCAUUGCAUUCUGGUCUAUUGAGGCUACUGUGGGAUGGAGAGUCAGAUAUAAUCGAUAUACUUCUUCUCCAGUUGAUAUCUCCCUGUUUGACUGUUGACUGUUGGUGCUAUAUGGCAGCUCCAGAGAGAAACAUCCCCAUCUUUUGGAUGUUGAUGGACUAAUACCUAAACAUGAUGUUUACAGUUGAUGCUUUUGAAACAUUUUCAACCACAAACCUCCAUAUGUUGUAUAUGUUGGCAUUUUCUCAAUGUAAUGACACAUUGUCAGAGUUUGGCUAUCUGCAAGGAAAUAAGAAACAACAAAACAGCAUCAGAGAAGCUGUUAAUGUUGUUAAGGUGUUUCUGGGUGGAUUUUCUGCUUUAACGUUUGAUUAACUUGUUUUGACCGACCCAGAAACUGGAAAUUGUUGGAGUAGUAAAGCUGUCUGGUCAUAUGAGCUUUCACCUUGACAAGCUAAAACAUAGUAUGAAACUACAUCAUCCAUGAUAAGUUAAGCAAGUACAUUAGUGGCUCACUAGUGGAACAUUUUGGCCUAAAUUUGACUUUUUUGCUGCCUACUGCCACGACAAAAACCUGCCGGCUACUGUGGUACAAACAUAUAAACAUGUCAUUACAUUAACCUCACAAUCAGAUGAGACAAGGACAGGUUUACACUGAAUCUACAAUACAUUUGAAUGGGUAGAUAUAUCAGUCCCCACCAUUUAUCAUCAGUCGAACAUUCACAAGGUCAUUAAAUUUGCAUGAUUUCCUUCUGCUAAGACAAUAUGUUAAAAAGCAUAAAACAUACCUGAAUGUAAACCACCAGCAUAUAUGAUAUACUGUAGUACAUGUCCAUUAGGUGUCUGUGGUAACUGAAUAAUGCCCCAAUUUUAAUAUGUAAAAUGAAGUUCACUGUCCCGUGUAUGUUGAAUGUGCUCAGAAAGUCAAAAGAGCACAGCGCACUCCGACAUGUCACCAUGUUUCCUAAAGAGACGUUAGGUGUCGACAUUUGAAUUACCUGGAGUAUCCCUGACUCUUUUUGACCAGAGUUUACAGGCAGUUUAUGCAAGGAUGUAAAUGCAGUUAUGUUUACGCAAGGACAUCAUAUAAACUUUAUAAUACUGACGUUUUUCUAACAUCUAACAGGAACAUAUUGUAUGCAUCCUCGCAAAUGACAUCCUGUUCUUAUAUUGUUUUCGAUAAUGUAGUGACAUCAGUAUUAUGCACUUGAAGUGACACUAUAGACAUUAUGAAUUGUAGUGAAGCUGAAUGUUGAUGUAAAUUCCCUAAAAGUAUUUAUUACUUUUUCAAGCUUAUUCAAGCUGAUAUAUUGACAAGUACAUAACUGCACAGAGAUAAACCAAUACACGACUACUUAAAGCUUCUUGUAAAAUGUUAAAAAUGUUCUUGUUGUCAUUAUAAUCAAAUGGGCUGUAUAAAUAACUUGAUUAACUUUUAAAAUGUGUAUUCAAAUUUAUCUUAUGCUGGAAAAAUAAAAGUUGCAAUAAAUGUCUGGGGUGAAACCAUGUAUAUUUAAAAAAUGUUGCUGACUUGGAUCCUCAAACUCGCUAGGAAAAUCUGGAUGGGGAGAGUGUCUACUGGAGGAGCUGCUUCAUGGAUAUCAAAAGGCUUUUUUCACUUACAUUUUACCAUGUCACAGUAACGAAAGCAGGGAAUGAUAAAGUUAAUGAUGGCUGAAUUCCAUUUUGCUGCUUCAGUUUCAGGUUCCUUGUAUUGUGCAUGCUGGACUGAAAUAGAACAGAGCCAUUGGUAAUGUAAAUAAUAAUACCUGUGCUUUUCCUACUAUGAAAACUCAAAAGUCUGCUGUGGAAAAGGCCUAUAAAAAACAAGUGUGGUUAAAUACAGUGUGUAAAAGUGAGGCAGAGACUGUUUACUCUUCCUGUUAUAAUAAAAGCUUACAUAUACAACAUUA